UUAUAGCGAAACAAAUAUUUUAUUAUUUCGUUCUUGAAUACUUUAUCUACAGACUUCAGUAAUGUAAGUAUUUUUUUUUUGUAUUAUUCAUAAAUAAUUUUAUAAAUAAACAAUCCGAUUUAUAGAUGUCUAAUAAUUCAACACCAAGUUUUGGCGGCUAUGAAUAUAGAAGGAUUCUAGAGGAGAUACCAGUCGAAGAUGAUGCUCAAAUAAUGAUCGAACACGACGAAAACGGAUAUGAGGCCAUAACUGCAUCCGAAGAUAGUGGGUACUCCACUCACCGAGAGUCGCAGAUAGGUAUUUGGUAUCGUGCGUUUUCACCAAUUCAUUCACCUGCAACACCAUUACUACCACGGCCAUCUCAGGACCCUUUUCGAUCUUUGUCGCCGAUUCCGUCCGAACCAUCCUCACCCGACAUGUUCGCGGAGACAACGCCUAGACCGAUUGUGCUUAGAGUGAGAAACGAUUUGUUCCCGGAUGGAUCCGAUGACGGGUAUGACAUACAGUUGAUUGAACUCAUGAAUGCGUACGAGAAUAAUUGGGGCGAAGACGGUAAUGAUGAAGAGAUGAAUCGUCAUAUGGAUGCAUAUGAAGGUUCAAAAAAACAAUUGUAAAAUAAAAAUAUUCUAAUAUAUAUAUAGUAAUAAUAAAUUUUCUUUAUAACCAUACAACGUUUAUAUUAUUUCUUAAAUUUCAUUUAAUAAUAUUUGAAAAUAAAAUCGUUUAUAUCACCGGGUAACAUACAAUUCCCGGUAUGUCAGCAUCUAUUCUUCAAAGGUUUCACUGAACAACCAUUGUGUAUAAAUCUUUAGAUAGACUAUAUAUUUCAGACCCAAUAAAUUUAUUAUCCAGUCGUGUUAUAUAACCUUGACCAGUCGUAUAGUGCUAUUAGGAGUUUUAAAAUAUUAUUUUACUUGAAAAUUGAAAAUGUGUCGUAUUCACGAAGAUAACCGUUUACCAACACCUACUGGAUUUACUACAGCAAACGAGAACAUUUUCCUCAAUGGGUAAGUUAUAAUAUUUAAAUUAUAUUGAUAUACAUAUAUGUUUAUAUUUUUAAUUUAUACUUAGUGAGAUAAACGAAAAUAAUGUUACUCCCCGCAUAAAUACCCCUUUGAGAGAGGUCUACCGUUUGUUACUACAAGCGCGUAUAUCUGGUGAGGGGGUAAGGGAAUGGACUUUCCGAUUAGAUCGAUGUCUCUGCAAAUUAACAUUGAAUUCAGAGUAUUAGCCAUGUUGUUGCGUGAAUAUCAUUAUGAUCGUUCGAUUCCAGAAGAUACAAGCAUAGUAAGUUUGAACAAAAAUAUUUCGAAUAAUACAACGUGUUUUCUAAUAAAAGGUAAAUCAUUAUAGAUACAGAUUACGUUUCAUGAAUUAUUGAAUUCCCAAAGUAGGAUCCGUCGCCAUACACAAUAUUAUAUAAUCAUGCAGCUAGUGUAUGGUCUUCGAAGAAUUGAGACUAUAGACUCCGAACGCAUAAGGGAGAACAUGAGCGUAGAUUGGACGUUGAAUGCGUUAACGAUAUUAACAUAUUUAGAUUUUGAUUUUGACACAGCUAGAUUUAUACUACAAAGAAUAAGAAAUUUAGCUUAAUAUAAUUUAAAUAAAAUAUAAAAAUAUGCAAUAAUAAACUUUUCUUAAUAACCAAACUAUAGUUUAUAUUAUUUCAGAACAACUCACUUAAUUUAUAAGUAAGAAGGUUACAUUUAAGAAUACAAUACUAUUAAAUUUAAGAAUAUUCCGUCUGAGAUAAAAUACGUAGAAUAUCGAUACCCUGAAAUAUGUCUAACAUCUUUGCCGAAUAUUUCACCUGAAUCGUUUGCACUUAUAUAUCAUCCAUCUAUACACAUAAAAAUAAUUUUAAUUAAAAUCACAAAGCGAUCGCCAGUCCUCACAAGCACAUCUAAUUUUUGAUUAUCAUCAGUCCUGAUAAGUGUACACAUAUAAUAUAAAAUCUUUUCACUUCACGUUCGAAAAACCUAAUCAGUUUUUCUUUUCACAUUAAUAUAAUUUUUAAAAAAACGAAGACCAACCGUAUUAUGGAUACCGAAUCAUGUAAGAAUAUUUUAUAUUAUAUUAUUUUAUGUUAUGUUACAUUGUUAUUUUAUUAUUUAGUUAAUGAAGUAUUAAACAUUAUUUUCGGCAAAUCG